CCGCCGCCUCCCUCAUCCGUCCUCCCAUCGCUCCCAUCCCUCCGCGCCUCGGUGCCGGCGCGGCGCAGCGCGGCGAUGUGGCGGCGGCGGUAUGUGAGCGCCCGGCAGCUGCACGGCUUCCGACACUACAAGUACAGUGCUGUGGAUACAAAUCCUUUAUCUGUGUAUAUUAUGCAGCCCAUCUGGAAUAAAAUUAUUAAGAUAGUGCCUUUGUGGAUUGCUCCCAACCUGUUAACAUUUUCUGGAUUUAUUAUGAUUUUAUUUAAUUAUUUUCUAAUAUCUUUUUAUGACUGGGACUACACUGCAUCAGGUACCAGUCCUGGACUUGUUCCCACCUGGGUGUGGCUGUUCAGUGCUUUUACCACCUUUUGUGCUUAUGCUUUAGACUCCAUAGAUGGGAAACAUGCUCGAAGGACUCAGUCCAGUACUCCUCUGGGAGAACUAUUUGACCAUGGGCUGGAUAGCUGGGCUACCUCCAUUUUUGUGCUUUCUUUUUUUUCUGUCUGUUCCCGUGACAAUGGGAAGACUGGAGUUUCUGUAUAUACAAUGUAUAUAUAUUUAAGCAUUGUCUUGUUUAACUUCAUGUGUUCACACUGGGAGAAAUAUAACACAGGAGUUCUUUUUCUUCCUUGGGGAUAUGAUAUAAGCCAAGUGGUGUUAAUAGCAGCAUAUCUGCUCACCGGUACUGUUGGUGUGGAGGUCUGGCAGAAGCCUUUUCUGUUUGGUUAUUAUAUUACAGAUGUAUUAGUUAUCCUGCUUAUAGGCUUCAGCUUGUUUCUAUCAUUUCCACAAACACUAUACAACAUUCACAGAGCACAUUUAAAGAAAACACUGAAGAUUAAUUCUCUGUAUGAAGGACUGCUACCUCUUGUGUCACCUCUGUUGCUGUUCAUUCUUCUUACAGUCUGGGUGGUUUUAUCUCCAAGCAACAUAUUAGCAAAGCAACCCCGACUGUUUUUAUGGAUGGUUGGGGUUGCUUUCUCAAAUGUUAUUUGCAAGGUGAUCGUCUGCCAGAUGAGCAGCACGCAGCCGGAGCUGUUCCACUGGUUCCUGUUCCCUCUGGCGCUGGUGGUGUACGCGGCCAUCUCGGGGCUGCUGGGCCGCAUGGAGGAAGCGGCUCUGGGCGCGCUCUCCGCCCUGCUCACGGCUGCCCAUGUGCACUACGGCGUCUGCGUGGGUAGGCAGCUGAGCGAGCACUUGAACAUUUACAUCUUUUCCCUGAAGAAACGCAUCCAAGAGUGAACACCUGCACUAUGAUCAGACUGUAACACUUGACAUGGAGAUUUGCAGCUCUUCUGAUGUGAUAAAUAGUUGGAAUGAAUCUGAUUAAAAUAACCAAAGAAUAGAAUAGUACAGAUAUCUGAACCACUACAACGAGCUAUGCAGCCAGAUGCUUCAUCUCAGAGGAAGAUGCCUGUCCAGCAGAGAACUUUACCAAGUUGUUCUGUUGAUAUUAUUCUUUAUACCAAGCCUUGUUACUCACCUCUCUUUUGUCUUCCUCCUCCUUACCACUGUGUCCAAAGUCCUGGAUGAAUCCAUGCUGGAUGACACAAGAUCUUUAGUGGUUUAUAACCAGCACUGGUUUUGCCCAGCCUAGUCACCAGUGGGACCCCAGCAAUGUGAACCCUCCCUGUACGUCCUUCCCACUCACACAUCUGUGCCUGCUUCAUUUGCCAUAUUUAUUUUCUCACAACUCAUUUCUUCCACACAACCUCCUGAAAGGCUUAUGCACAUCCAGUCUUUUCCUCACCUCAUAUGAAUGUGUGAAAACAAGAGAAUGAGCUCAGAAAGUUAUGGGUACAGUAAAGUGUUUUUGAAAUGUACAGUUUCGUCCCCAUUCUCAGCAUUAAGAUGAGUCAGCUGACCUGUCAGAAAUGCAGACUUAAUACAGCAGCAGCUGGCCCUUCUGUUUAUUUUCUAGGCAGUAACAAGCACAUUGUUUAUAUUUCAGUAGCAACAAACAAUACAGCCUACAAAGGUAAACAGCUGAAAAUAAAUUUGGCCAGCAAACCUUUGAAA